AUGCCCGAUUUCACAUUCGUAGUUUCAGAUGGCACCUCAAAACGACCUUCAGCGUCCACCAGAAGCCACGCAGUCAAGACCGGUUUACAACACAAGAGUCAAGCAAUAGAUCCUGGAGGAUCCAAAGAUUCUCAACUUACCAUCAGACAAAAGGACACACUCAAGGGUCGAUUCAGGGUCUCUAACGGGCCGAGAAAGUCUCAACAGGUUUCGAACAAGGAGAAACAGGCCGCCAAGGCAUCGAAACUCAAGACUGUCCAGUCACGAUCAACCAAAGACUUUGCCAACUCAUCAGGGCAUGUCACCGCUGACCACCUUGACGCCGGUACUUAUCCCAACACGCCAUGGGAUCUUUUCAAAGCUCCCGGCCAAGGCCGCGGAGAUCCUUUCAGCGCGUUUCCUAUUCCUCUAAGUGACAAUGACGACAAGUUGAUCAGAUUCUUCAUUUCUCGAUUCGACCUUCGUGCUACCAUUGCCUACAUCCGAAAGCAAUGGUGGGAAGGCUACGCUUUUUCGGAUCCCCUGCUCAUGCACACAACAUUGGGCCUCGCAGCAGCUCUUUGGUCACAGUUGCUGCCGGAUCCCAGGAGAGUGGCGAACGAAGGAUGGCACUGA